ACGAUCCUGAAAUCACCUGCUUCACACCACCUGCGAUGGCUUCGGAGCAGGCAGGGACAUCAUUGACAGCAUUUGGUCCAGCUUGCACCUUUCUCUAUCCGCACUCAGUAGUCUGAUCGUCACCGGCUUGGGGUCGUUCCCACUACUCGGCCGAGUCCUCUCUGCCUGCGAGCACCCUGCCUCUUCGUGCUGUGCUGCGCACUGCAUUCGUCUCCCCGAUUGUCUUUGCCCAUCACCCCGAUAGUAUCCGUCUCUCUUGCCCACAUAGCAUCGCUGCGCCACCAUGCCGCCCAAGAAGCCGGAUCUGUCGGGCUACCAGUACAGUGCCAUCUCCUCGUUGGUGACGCAGACGGAUCGUCGACUGGUAGAUCGGCACGAUAAUGAGCCCAGCGGUGCUCCCGAGUCCCUCAUCGGGCGCAUCAGUCACAAGGAUAUGGGCGCAAGGGUGGUGAGGGAGCAAGCGAAGGAUGUGGAGAAGAAGAAGCGCAAGGCUAUGGAUGAGGGAGAAAUCAGACUGAACAAAAAAGGAAAUGCUAAUGGCGGCGCUGGAGCUUCCAAUGCAGGAGGUCUGGGUGGAAGCUAUGCGGACGUACUCCAAGCUACUGCGGACAUCGAAGGUCUCACGUAUGUGCCACGAACAGCAGAAACUCGGCAGACGUACGAAAUGAUCCUCAACAUCGUGCUCAGAGCUUUGGGAGACCAGACUUCCGACGUCGUCAGAUCCGCGACGGACGGGGUCAUCGAGACGCUCAAGCUGGAUGAUAUGCGGGAUCACGAGAAAGCGAAGGAGGUUGAAUCGAUCCUAGGCACAGACAUGAGUCAAGAGUCGUUUGGUCAACUCGUCAAUCUCUCCAAGAAGUUGACGGACUACUCGGCCGAGGGAGAGGAUGUCAGGGAUCCUGAUGCUGACAAGAGGAACGUGCUGGACGAGGACGGUGUAGCCGUGCUCUUCGAAGGAGAAGAUGAGGAUGAAGAGGAGGAAGGCGAGACCUACGUCGUGAGGGAAGAGAGCGACGACGAGGACGACGCUCCUGCAGCUGCUAAUGGCGAUGAGGAUGACGAUGCAGCCGAUGAGGCCGACUCGACCAGCGACGCAGAAGCAGAAGGCGAUGCAAAAGUCACCAUCGGUGGAGAUGGCGGUCAGGGCGCAUCCACAUCGACGUCGAGCAAGUCCAAGAGUGGGCCAGCGAGCAGGACCUCCGAUACACUGACUCCCUUCGAUGUGGACGCUUUUUGGCUGCAGAGACUCGUCGCUGCUUCAUACCCAGACGAGCACGAAUCCUCCUCCAAAGCCUCCAAGGCGCUCGAGAUUCUGGCUCAAGAUACGCCGGCGCGCGAUGCAGAAAACGAUCUCAUGGAACUCUUCGACUACGAACAUUUCGACAUCGUGCAGACGCUCAUCAAGAAUCGCGAAUUGGUAGUGUGGUGCACUAGACUCGGUCGAGCGGACGAGUCUUCUAGAGCCGACGUCGAGGUCAGCAUGAGAGAGGCUGGAGUCGGUUGGAUCUUGAAAGCUCUGCGCGGUGCAGGCGACGCGAGAGCCGGUGCGAAGGGCUCUGCUGCUGCUGGCCUCAAGCCCCUCGAUAUUGACGAAGAUGCAAAAGCACGAGCGCGCAAAAUUACCACAGCCGCCGCGCUCGCGCCCGGAUCAACCCUCGCACCGCGCAAAGGAGUCGACCUCGAGGCUAUGGCUUUCACUGCAGGAGGCCACCUCAACACCAAUGCCAAAGUACGUCUACCCGAAGGAAGUUUCAAGCGGAGCAAAAAGGGCUACGAGGAAAUUCACGUGCCCGCGCCCGUCAAGAAGGACGUGCCUGCUAGCGAGAGGAUACAAAUGUCUUCUUUGCCCGCUUGGGCCCAGACGGCCUUUCCAGGGGCCAAAGAUCUCAAUGCGGUGCAGUCGAAAUGCUACCCGAUCGCCUUUGGAUCGGACGAACCUAUGCUGCUCUGCGCUCCUACCGGUGCCGGAAAGACGAAUGUGGCCAUGCUCACCAUUCUCAACGAGCUAGGCAAGUGGAGAGACGAAGAGACUGGAACGUUCGACUUGACCGCGUUCAAGAUCGUUUACGUCGCGCCCAUGAAAGCGCUCGUCGCUGAGCAGACGGAAAAUUUCCGAGCUCGGCUGUCUCACUUUGGCGUCCAGGUGAAUGAGCUGACGGGCGAUUCGCAAUUGACGAAGCAGCAGAUUGCGGAUACCCAGAUCAUCGUCACCACUCCAGAAAAGUGGGACGUGGUGUCGCGGAAGAGCACGGAUAGCAGCUAUACGAAUCUGGUCAGGCUCAUGAUCGUCGACGAGAUCCACCUGUUGCACGACGAUCGUGGACCGGUUUUGGAAGCGAUCAUCGCGCGUACCAUUCGACGCAUGGAGCAGCUCAACGAUCCUGUUCGGCUUGUAGGACUCUCGGCUACCCUGCCUAACUACAAGGACGUGGCCACCUUCCUUCGAGUAAACACCAAGCGCGGACUGUUCUACUUUGAAGCCUCGUACCGGCCGUGCCCGCUCCAACAAGAAUACGUGGGCAUCACAGAAAAGAAGGCCAUCAAGAGGUUCCAGAUAAUGAACGAUGUCUGCUACGAAAAGACGUUGGACCAGGCGGGCAAGAAUCAGGUCAUGAUAUUUGUUCACUCUAGGAAGGAGACGGCCAAGACGGCCAAAUUCAUCAGGGAUAUGGCCAUGGAGCAAGAUACACUCGCUAGAUUCUUGCCGCAGAGCUCGGCGAGCAGAGAGGUGCUCCAGACUGAGAUCGAGAAUGUCAAAGACGCUAAUCUGCGCGAUGUCAUGCCGUACGGUUUCGGCAUUCACCAUGCUGGAAUGGGCCGAGCAGAUCGUCAACUGGUAGAAGAUCUCUUCGGAGAUGGUCAUUUGCAAGUUUUAGUAUCCACUGCGACCCUGGCUUGGGGUGUCAACUUGCCCGCGCAUACUGUGAUCAUCAAGGGCACGCAGAUCUACAACCCCGAAAAGGGACGCUGGGCUGAGUUGUCCCCUCAGGACAUGCUGCAGAUGCUCGGUCGAGCUGGUCGGCCACAGUACGACACAUUUGGAGAGGGUAUCAUCAUCACAAAUCACGACCAGCUGCAGUACUACCUCAGCCUUCUCAACCAGCAACUUCCCAUCGAGUCUCAACUCGUCUCGCGUCUCGCCGACAAUCUGAAUGCGGAGAUCGUCCUUGGCACGAUCAGAAAUCGGGAUGAAGCUGUGGCGUGGCUCGGAUACACGUACCUCUACGUUCGCAUGCUGAGAAGCCCGGCAUUGUACUCUGUCACGGCCGACUAUGCCGAAGACGAUCCCUUCUUGGAGCAAAAGAGAGCUGACAUCAUCCACUCUGCAGCGGUCUGGCUGGAGAAGAGCGGCAUGCUGAGGUACGAUCGACGAACAGGCCAAUUUGCCACGAACGACCUGGGCAGGGUAGGAUCACACUUUUACGUCUCGCACACGAGCAUGUCGACUUACUUGCAGCAUCUCAAACCGCACAUGGGCCUCAUCGAAUUGUUCCGCGUCUUUUCGCUCAGCGACGAGUUUAAGCAUCAGAUGGUCAGACAGGACGAGAAGCUGGAAGUGGGUAAGCUGCUCGAACGUGUGCCCAUACCCGUCAAGGAGACGCUAGAGGAUCCAGCAGCCAAGAUCAAUGUCCUGCUGCAGACUUGGAUAUCCCAACUCAAGCUGGAAGGCUACGUCUUGGCGGCAGAUAUGGUCUACGUAACCCAGUCCGCUGGAAGAAUACUCAGGGCUCUCUUUGAGAUUUGCUUGAAACGCGGCUAUGCUCGCUUGAGCCACGUCGCGCUGGACCUCAGCAAGAUGGCAGAGUCUCGCCAGUGGAACUCGAUGACUCCGCUUAGGCAAUUCAAAGGUGUCCCGCCCGCUCUUGUGAGGCGGCUAGAGCGCAUGGAGUAUCCUUUCCACAGGCUGAGGGAUUUGGAGCCCAACGAGAUUGGAGAACUUAUAGGCGAACCUAAAGCCGGUCGAUUGGUGCACCGUUUAGUGCAUCAGUUUCCCAAAUUGGAGUUGCAAGCUUUCUUUCAACCAGUCACUCGAUCGCUCCUCCACGUGCAGCUCACCAUCACGCCCGACUUUCAAUGGGAGGAGAAGCAUCACGGACAUGCUCAGCUGUUUCACAUUCUCGUCGAGGAUGUCGAUGGAGAGAUUAUCCUAUUUCACGACACCUUUCAACUCAGACAACGCUACGCUGAAGAAGAGCAUCAGGUCUCGUUCACCGUUCCAGUCACGGAUCCUGUCCCGCCCAACUACUUUAUUUCCGUCGUUAGCGACAAGUGGUUGCAGAGCGAAGUUAGGUUGCCCAUCUCGUUUAAGAAUCUGAUUUUGCCGGAAAAGUUCCCUCCUCAUACGCGCUUGGAGGACCGACAACCCAUGCCGGUGUCAGGGCUGCAGAGCAAGGAUGCGCAGGCACUCUUCCAGAAUCAGUUUGGCACCUUCAACAAGGUUCAGACUCAAACCUAUCAUACCAUCUACGAGACAAACGAUUCGGCGUUUGUGGGCGCACCGACUGGGGCAGGGAAGACCGUCAUCGCGGAGCUGGCAAUGCUGCGCCUUUGGAACAACAGCAGCGCGAAAGGAGAAUCGCAGACUCCUCGCACAGUCUGCUUGGUGCCGUUUCUCGAGAUGCUCGCUCCUCGCGUCGCGGAAUGGAAGGCCAAAUUUGGCGCCUAUCGAGGAGGCAGAGAGGUUGUCGGCCUGACGGGCGAGACUAGUGCGGAUCUCAGAUUGCUCGAGAUGGCGGAUGUCAUCGUUGCGACUCCAGAUCAAUGGGACGUCCUCUCUCGUCGUUGGCGACAGCGCAAAAACGUGCAGAGCAUCGGCUUGUACGUUGCCGAUGAGGUGCAUAUGCUCGGCGACUGGCGUCUUGCUGCCACGUACGAAGUCGUCCUUUCGAGAGCCCGUUUCGUUGCUGCUCAGACUGGCAACGCCACGCGAUUCGUCGCCCUUAGCGUGCCGCUUGGAAAUGCGAAGGACGUGGGCGACUGGCUUGGUGCGCCCUCUUCAGCAGUGUACAACUUCUCUCCUGCUGCUCGACCUGUGCCUGUGGAGGUGCAUAUCCAAAGUUUCAGCAUUCCCCAUUUUCCCUCCCUUAUGAUCGCCAUGGUCAAGCCGGCAUACCUGUCCAUCAUCGAGCAUGCCGCAGAGUCGCCUGUCCUCGCUUUUGUUCCGUCGCGCAAGCAGACGAAAUUGACGGCCAACGACUUGCUUGCCUAUGUCCUCUCGGACAGCGAGAGGGAGAAUGGGGAGAGCAGAUUCCUCAACAUCGAGAUGAACGAUCUCAAGCCUCACCUUCAACGUCUUCAAGAUCGGGAGUUGGCGGAGCUGUUGGAGCACGGAAUCGGCUACUAUCACGAAAGUUUGAGCAGGGGCGACAAGGCGAUUGUUGAGCGGCUUUACAAUGCGGGAGCGAUCCAGGUGGUCAUCGCGAGUCGAGAGACGGCUUGGAGCAUCCCUCUUACCGCGCACAUGGUCCUCAUUCUCAGCGUGCAGACCUACGAAGGCAAGGAGCAUCGAUACGUCGAUUAUCCUCUGACCGACGUCUUACAGAUGGUCGGCAAGGCAACGAGAAGGGGACCCGAGGGGCAAAGUAGUCGAGUGAUUCUGCUCCUUCAAGCCACUCGCAAAGCCUUCUUCAUGAAGUUCCUCGCAGAAGGGCUGCCGAUCGAGAGCAGACUCGGAUCGUACGCGCAAGACUUUUUCAAUGCUGAAAUCGUCGCCAGGACCAUCGAUGAUAAGCAGAGCGCCGUCGAUAUCCUCACUUGGACCUUGAUGUACCGGAGAUUGCAACAGAAUCCUCAGGCAUACAAUUGUCAAGGAUCGUCGAUGCAACACAUCGGAGACUUCUUGUCAGAGCUGGUAGAGACUAGCUUGGCUGAUCUGGAGAAUUCAAAGUGCAUCGCCAUUGAAGAUGAGAUGGACGUUGCGCCUCUCAACCUCGGAAUGAUCUCUUCGUUCUACAACAUUUCUUAUGUCACCAUCGAUGUCUUCAACAUGUCCCUCAAGGAGCGCACAAAGCUGAAGGGGCUGUUGGAGAUUGUCAGCUCGUCUGCCGAGUUCGAAGACUUGCCCAUUCGUCAGCACGAGGACGUGGUACUUCGACGCGUUUACGAUCGAUUGCCUCACAAGCUAGACCGCAUCAAUCUGCAGACGCCCUACCACAAGGUCUUUGUGCUUCUGCAAGCACACUUUGCCCGCUUGAGCCUGCCGGCGGACCUGGAGAACGACCAGCGAUUGAUCCUCACCAAAAUCCUCAACCUUCUCAGCGCUUGCGUCGACGUCAUGUCCUCCAACGCCUUUCUCAAUGCUCUCGUUGCCAUGGAGCUCAGCCAGAUGUGCGUUCAAGCCGUUUGGGAUCGAGACUCGCCUUUGCGGCAAGUGCCACACUUUACAGCGGACACGAUUGCGCGCUGCAAAGCUCGGGGCAUCGAAGAUGUCUUUGCGCUAGGAGACACGCUUCCAGAUCUCUCUGAUAAGGAGCGCGACGAUCUUCUGCGCUUGGACAAGAGGCAGUUGGCGGAUGUAGCGAAGUUUACGAAUAAUUUCCCUUACAUCGAAGUCUCCUUCAAUAUCGAGGAUCAAGAUGCGCUCGCUUCCGGCACGCCCAUCACCAUGAAUGUGAAUUUGGCCAAGGACGACGAUGAAGAGGAGGAAGAUGAGGCGAGCGAUCCUACGGUUGUUGCGCCUUUCUACCCCAACAAGAAACUGUGCAACUGGUGGUUGAUUGUGGGAGAUCCUGGUGCGCGCACCCUCCUGUCCAUCAAGCGGGUGACCAUCACGAAGAGCCUCAAUGCCAAGCUGGAGUUCACCCUUCCAAAGGGCACUCAUAGUCGGUUGAGAUUGUACCUCAUGUCGGACAGCUACAUUGGCGCAGAUAGGGAGGUGGAGCUACCUAACCUCGAGGUUGCGGAGGGAGAGGACAGCGAUGAGGAUGAAGAGGAUGAGGACGAGGAAGAUGAGGAAGAGGAGGAGGAAGAGUCGGGCGCUGCUGGUGGCGCUGGGGACGAAGAUGUCGAGAUGGCAGAUGCUUGAAUGUCUGCUCCGGUCUGUUCUUCCUGCUCCCCCGACCCCCUUUUCCUUCGCCCUCCUGAUGCUCUGUAGAAUUAAAUGUGCCUCUUGUGACGUUCUUGGAUCUCUGUUUGCGCCACGCAAACGUAGUGCAUAGACCAAUCGCGGCGCUGCUGAGUUCGGUGACGGGCGCGCGCCAGUCCUUUUCAUGCGGGGUGGUCCGUGCUCAAGCGCUCGCAACGGUCACGCGCACCGACGUGGCGGUUUUUGUGGGUGCCG